AUGUGCCGUUGUCUUCGGGAGCACCAUGACAGCAGGAUGACCUCUGCGGAGACAGCGGCGGCGGCCGCCGGCAGUCCUCGGGGGACUGGGUCCCCCGCGGGGCCCCCUGACACCCCCGAGGCCCCCGGGCGGCCCGGCCGGGCCCGGGUGGCCACGGCAGCCCUGGUGUGGCUGCUGGCGGGGGCCGGCAUGUCCAGCCUCAACAAGUGGAUCUUCACGGUGCACGGCUUCGGGCGGCCCCUGCUACUGUCGGCCCUGCACAUGCUGGCGGCGGCGCUGGCGUGCCACCGGGGGGCCCGGCGCCCCAUGCCCAGCGGCACCCACUGCCAGGUGCUGCUGCUCAGCCUGACCUUCGGCACCUCCAUGGCCUGCGGCAACCUGGGCCUGAGCGCGGUGCCCCUGGACCUGGCCCAGCUGGCCACCACCACCACGCCCCUCAUCACGCUGGCCCUGUCGGCGCUGCUGCUGGGCCGGCGGCACCACCCGCUGCAGUUCGCCGCCAUGGGCCCGCUCUGCCUGGGGGCCGCCUGCAGCCUGGCUGGGGAGCUCCGGGCGCCCCCCGCGGGCUGCGGCUUCCUGCUGGCCGCCACCUGCCUCCGCGGCCUCAAGUCCAUCCAGCAGAGUGCCCUGCUGCAGGAGGAGCGGCUGGACGCGGUGACCCUGCUCUAUGCCACCUCGCUGCCCAGCUUCUGCCUGCUGGCCGGCGCCGCCCUGGUGCUGGAGGCCGGCGUGGCCCUGUCGCCCGCGCCCGCCGACUCCCGCCUCUGGGCCUGCAUCCUGCUCAGCUGUCUCCUGUCCGUGCUUUACAACCUGGCCAGCUUCUCUCUGCUGGCCCUCACCUCCGCCCUCACCGUCCACGUCCUGGGCAACCUCACCGUCGUGGGCAACCUCGUGCUGUCCCGGCUCCUGUUCGGCAGCCACCUCAGCGCCCUCAGCUACGUGGGCAUCGCGCUCACCCUCACGGGGAUGUUCCUGUACCACAACUGCGAGGUCGUGGCCUCCUGGGCUGCCCGCUGGGGCGUCUGGCGGAGGGGGCAGCCUGGCAAGGGUCGUUGA